ACAUUCAUUGGUUGAGGCAUAACAAUAUGGCUGCCUUCGUGAGCUAUGAAAUUCAUAAUAUUGCAAUUAUGUUUUAGAUGUCAACUGUGAAGAAUGAGAUAAUGUAACAUUAAAUGUGAAGUCACACAAAUUUUAUCUGACGUCAACAAGAUUGAAAGAAUUCCAGUGAAUCAGGUUUAAAGACUACAGUUACAAAUAAAUAUUAAAUGAGCAAAGAAGAUAGGUAAAUAGACAAAAGCAGAAUGCCUUAUCUAGGUGGUAGAUCUGGUGGAAGAGGACUUGGUGUCUUUCUCCUAGCAGCACAGAUGAUGAACAUUGGAGUAGAUAACAUUCCACCCGUCACGCUGGCAGCGGUAAUUCUACAAUCUGCCAUUUUUUUACAGUUUGGUGAUCUGAUGAAAUGGUUCCCUAAUGCAGGCAAAGUUUGUCUAAGUGUAUAUCAUGUUUUAUAUCGUAAAGAAUGGCGAAGGUUAAUUUUAGCAGCAUUAUAUCAUUCCAAUGACAUUCAUUUAUAUUACAACAUGGCGUCAUUCCUUUACAAAGGGAGAGUACUGGAGCGUAAAUUUAGAAGUGUUUAUUUUUUGUACUUACUUGCAGUAUUUACAGUAUUAACUAGUGUGACUUAUCUUGGACUUAAUAUGGCUCUGGAGAGAGUAUUUGAUGAUUCAUCCUAUGAACUUGUAUGUGCAGUAGGAUUUUCAGGUGUGAUAUUUGCAUUGAAGGUGUUAGUGAGUCACUAUACUCCAGCAGGAACUCAGUACAUCUUAGGAUUUAUACCAGUACCAAGCAAGAUAGCUUUCUGGGCAGAACUUGUUAUAAUACAACUUAUUACACCUCAUGUUUCAUUUACAGGUCAUUUGGCUGGGAUAUUAGUGGGUAUACUAUACAUCAAAGGUCCACUUAAACCAUUAAUGGACAGUGUUAUUGCUCCAGCUCCAUCUUACACCUAUCAGAGACAGUCAGCAGGUUACAGAACAGGUUAUGCAGAAUCUAACAGAGGCUACAACACUCGUAGUACCAGUCAACAGGAAACCAGAUAUACGGCAGGUCUGAGUGAAGAGGAACAAGUUCAAAGAGCUAGAGAAGAAAGCUUAAGAGAUGAAGAGAACAGAAGAAACACCAACAGACUGUAUCCAGACUUGGAUGAUUUAAGGCAAAGAAGACAGAACAGAUUUCAGUGACAUUAUUAAUAAAAUUAUUGUUUAUCUUAAA